AUGCCUAAAAACGCCGAAUUUGACGAAUCUCGCAUUGCCGAAGCCUGUAAGGCAGUCCUAUUGCAAAAGAAGCCUAAAAUCGCAAAAAUUGCGCGUGAAUUCGGUGUAUCUCGCACUACCUUGUCCGAUCGCGUCAAAAAGGCCAAAUCGCCAACUACACCCCCUAAAUCGCAGAAAAACGUCCUAGACCAAUCGCAGGAGAAAGCCUUAGUCAAUUGGAUAGUCCAAAUGCAUGGCUGGAACCUCCCACCCACACCGACGAUACCGGAUAGGCAGGUUAGCAAGAAUUGGCCCUAUCUCUUUAUGAAGCGCCUACCGAAGGAUCUUGGCCUUAGUCCUGUGAAACAAAAGACUAAGGAACUAAAGCGAAUUCAAGCGGAGGACGCAGGCCUUCUUUAG